GCUGGAGCACUCGUGGACGUUUUGGUUCGAUAACCCUAGCGGUAAGAACAAGCAGCAGCAGUGGGGAAGCUCAUUGCGGCCGGUCUACACCGUGAGCACUGUCGAGGAUUUCUGGUGUCUCUACAAUAAUCUCGUGCAGCCGGGUCGAUUGAUCAGUGGGGCGGACUUUCACUGCUUCAAGGAGGGAAUCAAGCCCGAGUGGGAAGAUCCGAGGUGUGCGAAUGGGGGGAAAUGGACUGCUGCUCCACCGCGAGGUAGCAAGCAAGCGCUGGAUCAGUUCUGGCUAAACACUCUGCUCGCUUUGAUCGGUGAGCAAUUCGAUGAGGCUGAUGAGAUCUGUGGCGUGGUGGUGAGCGUGAGGCCGAGAGGAGAUAAGCUCUCCUUAUGGACCAAGACGGCUAACAACGAAGCCGCUCAGAUGAGCAUUGGAAGGCAAUGGAAGGAAUUUCUCGAGUACCAGGACAGGAUCAACUUCAUGUUUCACGAGGAUGCAAAGCGUGGUGAUUCGAAGGCGAGAAAUCGCUACUCUGUAUGAUAACCUUCUAAGCUCAAUUUUGCUGGAUCGCAUUUUAAAAGGAUGGAUGUUUCAAUGGCUUUUUGUAACCGUGUUACAAAAUAAAGCUAUAAGGGGAAAAGGAAGAUUCUCUCGUUCUAGUGGUUUAGGGUUUAUAUUUAUUCUCUCAAUGGCGUCGAGCCAGGGAUGGCGCCUGUCUCUGGCGGCCAAGCGCGCGAAGAAGAGGACGCGGUGCUUGGAUCAAGAUUGCUGCCGCCACAGUAAUCUCCGCUGCGAGCACUGGCGCGAGCUCAAGAGCUACGCCGUGGAGCUCUGUUCUUGCGAUUCCUCCCAGGGCGAUCGCGUCCAGACCCUCAAAUCUCUCGCGGCGCUGCUCCUCUGCCUCGCCGCCGCGGACGAUCCGGCCAAUGCAGAUGGAGAUUACGCGCUAUCGGUGGCCGUGGGCGAGGCAAUGGUGACCAUCGCUCACGACGACGUGGUCCGGCUCUACAAAGUCUUGUUCCAGGAGCUUGCGAAGAUUAGCAGCUAUUUGCUCACGAACUUCUGGUAUGUCCCGGAGAUGGUAUCUUGUUCCAGUGAGGCGGCGCUCCACUUCGAGGCGCUUGCUCAAACGCUGUGCUGCUGCAUCCGGAUCAUUCCCAUCGUGGAUAUGUUCAACACCAGCAUGAGCCACACUGCCGCAUCGACUGUCCACGAUAUGCUCCACCAUCUUUGCUCGCCGUCGAAGUUCUUCCCUCUUGGCUCGCCUUACACCGUGAAAGAACAUCAAGACGUCGUCUUGAGGAGCGCCCUGCUAGAAGUGUUCUUGGAUGAGAUCUUACUCCACCGGGCUCUGACAUUCCCAGAAGGCGAAGAGUUCUCUUACCGUGCGUCGAUCGAAGCUGCAUUCGCGCAUAUGUUACACUUUCAGUUUCUGCAAGACCGACCGUUCCAACAGUCCAAGCUUAGUCUUCCUGCGGGUGUUCUUCUGCUCGACAUGUCCACUAACAACCAAGUUCCUAGCAACUUACUGACGCACAUCAUAUCGCUCGUGACCGGAGCAUUGGUCCCAGGUGACUUGGGUACGAGUUGCGACGCUGGGAGCUUCGCUGCGAUCCAGGCCCAGAAUUAUAUUCCACACUUUCAGCUGGACGACGAGUUGCCGCAUGGAGUAGCUAUUGGAUUGGCAUCUUCGGUGGUAGAAACAGCAAUGGGGUUACUGUCAAAGUAUUACUCAGCGUUUGCAGCACGGGACAGAGAUGGUUUCGAGAGGGGGACACAAGCACUAAGUUAUGUUGGGGGAUAUAACAGUGACCAAGGCGAGUAUUCCUCUACGUUGGCUGCUCUACUCCGAGCGAUGGCUUGUGCAAUAAAUCGGCUUGUUAGAGAGGUCUGUACUAUCAAGUGCCAGGACAGGGAUGGGGAGUUGAUUGGUGUUCGGGACCUUGCCAUUCAAAGAACUUUCGAGACGGUUGCUACUGCCAUCAGGUUUAAUAUGCCUUCCACAAAGUUUAUGCACGCUAUUGGCUGUUUCAAUCUGAACAUGGUCGAGGCUUUGACAUCAGAAAACGCAAGAGGAACCAUAGGAUGGACGCUUGUUAUAUUUGCUCACAUAUUUUCCUACGAGUCACUGAGGGGACUGGAUGAAGCUGUGGCCGUCGAAUACGUUCGCGUUUUGGACUCUCUCCUGGCCUUGUUACUACUCGAGAGUAGACCCGAUAACGGCGUCAUGGACGAUGAGGUGCCCGCUUCUACAAACUUUUUCCUGCGUGAGAUGAUUAAGUCGCUUCAUCAAACAGCCUGGGACAUGUGUUCCCGUAAGAAGUCCGCGACGAAGCUCUUGUCGUUUAUAUCAAAAGUCACUCCAAUUGGUAGGAAGGAUUUGCCAACAAUUGAAGAUGUCGACUGGCUGUCGCCUGGCAUCAGCUUCGACAACGGGAAGGAUUUGCCAACUAUUGAAACUGUGACACCUGACAUGAGCGUACAUGAAACAAUCCAAGAGGUCGUUCAAGAGGUCGUCCAAGAGGUUGUGCAAGAGGUCAUCGUGGAGGAAGCAUCAGAUUCGACGACUCCUUUGAAACCCAGGCCAUCGACAUUGAUCAUAGCCAAGCGGUUCAAGCUAAAGAAGCUCCGCGUGGAACAACUUACUGAUACACCUGUGGAGAGUACAAGCGCACCAGACACACCUGUGGAGAGCAAAACGAAGAAAAGGAGAAGACGUGGCGCAGGAAUGAAGAACUGGAGUGCAGAAGCGUGCAUUAGUAAGAGAACGCGUAGCGCCACCAAGAGCAAGAGCAAGAGCCCCGCGGCAACAGUCAGCAGCAGCAACAAGAACCGCCACGUUGAGAAUCCUUUCGUCGCAGAGAUGCUGACCAGGGAGACGUACGAAGAGUCUUUCGCCGAUUUGAACGAUUUCAUCGUCUGCAAGAAGGGCCGCAACUACACGAGGUUCCUCAACGCCCGGAUCAAAUACAGGCGCAAAAGCCACACUCGAAUGAUUUGGAAGCGGCGGGACGAAAGGCAAAGCCUGAUGAAGCUGCUCGACCUGUGCGGCGAAAGGCCGUGAGCAUCAAACAGGUUCUUUUCUUUUCUUUUCCUCUCAACUCAAAACAAGUCUUUCUCAAUCUUUCUUUUCAGCUCCAGAUGUACACUCUUCUCCCAAAACUAGCUGGUACCUGUGAACUGCUUAACUCUAUCGACAACGCCGCGAACAGCACUCCUGGUCGCGUCCAUCCAACUUCCUCCGCCUCCACUGGUGUUCUUUCCUCUCCCGGGAGUGGCCGCAUCCUUGUCAACCUCGGUGUCCUCCAUGACAAAGGUAUCGGCCCGCAUCUCCUCGCCUAUAGGAUCACUAGCGGCUGCCUCUGACGUCUUGGGCGCCCCUGUUACAGCAUUGGCACCGUCUCGAUCGCUCGCAAAGUUCCUGAAGCUCCACCUCCUGGAAGCUCGCAAGGAAGUAAAACUAGUCUUUCCCAUCAUCGCCAAGUGUGACCCUGCCUCCCUAGUGAAGAUCACGCGAACAAGAGUGCCACUUGGAGAGCUAUGUGGCAGCACCAGGUAGAGCGAGAGAGGUAUUUCUUUAAAUGCAGCAAGGUUGGCCGUCGUGGAACUCGUAAGAUGGUAUGACACAGCUCGUCGCAAGAUUGCUCCAGUGAGCUUCGUAAGAAUCGAAGUUGAGGCCUGUAGGACGGAUUAGAUUGGAUGGAGGUUUUUGGUUGUAACUUUUGAGUGAUUCGAUUGACGGAUAUCUCUCACUCA